AUGGUGAAUCCCCAAAACAUUGCCAUGGCAGAGCAAGAACUUGAAUCAGUAACCGACCUUUUCAACCGUAUUGCUGAAUCGUGUCAUACAAAGUGCAUCUCUACAAAAUAUACUCAAAGCGACCUUACUCAGGGAGAGGCUGUCUGUAUUGACCGUUGUGUAUCAAAGUUCUUUGAAGUCAAUGUCAAGAUUGGAGAGAAGAUGCAAAAGAUGGGACAAAAUUAG